UGCUUUUUUCAGCGCCAAGCAGAUAAACCGCUUCUUCGCCCCUCCGACGAAUUCCAAUGGUGUCGUCUACACUCCAACACCAUGGCUACUCAAUACAUUCUUCUAGGUUUCCGGCAACCCCCUCCGGUUCCAUCCCACUUUCUCGGAACCAUCUCCAUCAAAUUCUCUCCACAAAAACUCCGCCCAAUCUACUCUGUCUGUUCACUCAUCACUUCCCUUCAUCCCACUUCUCUUCCUAUAAACUAGUUGAUCGUUGUAGAAGACCGUUGCGCUGUAAUUUUUGCCAUCAGGAUUCCUUGGAUUUCGAAAAAGAGAAUGGCGAUUUUGAUGAGGUUGGAGAGGAAAACGGAGAGUUCUCGGAGCUCGAGUUGCUUGAACUUGACGAAGAGGCGCGCCGUGCCGCCAGAAAGUAUUCCAUCUCCUUGUCUAAGGAACUCGGCCUAGAGGAUGAAACCUAUGAAGGCAGGGGAGAGAAGUGGCAGGGGCAGAAAACUUUGAGUAUACAGAUCCCCGAUAAUCUUCUCCCAAGGGUAGCAAUAGUUGGAAGACCAAACGUGGGUAAAUCUGCAUUAUUCAAUCGCCUUGUUGGGGGGAAUAUGGCUAUUGUUGUUGAUGAACCUGGUGUUACUAGAGAUCGUCUGUAUGGAAGGUCUUUUUGGGGGGACCGGGAAUUUUCAGUAAUAGAUACUGGUGGUGUCAUGACUUUUUCAAGAUCACAUGAUGAUGUCAUGGAGGAACUUGCCAUUACUACAACUAUAGGUAUGGAAGGGAUUUCUCUUGCUCUUAGGGAAGCAGCUGUUGCAAGGAUGCCCUCUAUGAUCGAGAAGCAAGCUGCUGCUGCUGUGGAAGAAGCAUCUGUUAUUAUAUUUCUUGUAGAUGGACAGGCAGGGCUAACUGUGGCUGACGAAGAAAUUGCAGAUUGGCUGCGUAAGAACUAUUCUAGCAAGCCUAUCAUCCUUGCCGUUAACAAGUGUGAAUCUCCCCGAAAGGGUCUAAUGCAAGCAUCAGAGUUUUGGUCCUUGGGUUUUAUUGCCAGGUUUACUCCUCUGCCGAUAUCAGCUAUUUCCGGCACCGGCACUGGUGAUCUUCUUGAGCUUGUUUGCUCAGAGCUGCAAACAAUUGAGGCUUUUGAGAUCAGUGAAGGGGAAAACACGUAUGUUCCUUCUAUUGCCAUCGUGGGCCGACCUAAUGUUGGUAAAAGUAGCAUUUUGAAUGCUUUAGUUGGUGAGGACAGAACUAUUGUCAGUCCAAUCAGUGGAACCACCCGUGAUUCUAUUGAUACUGAAUUUACUGGACCAGAUGGACAGAAAUACAGGCUUAUUGAUACUGCUGGAAUUCGACGGAGAGCAGCCGUUGCUUCAGGUGGUAGCACGACCGAGGCAUUGUCUGUGAAUCGGGCAUUUCGGGCCAUCCGUCGUUCAGAUGUUGUUGCACUUGUUAUUGAAGCAAUGUCUUGUAUAACAGAGCAAGACUACAGAAUUGCUGAAAGAAUUGAGAGAGAAGGAAAAGGUUGCAUAAUUGUUGUAAAUAAGUGGGAUACAAUACCAAAAAAGAACCAAGAAACAACUACUUAUUAUGAGCAAGAUGUCAGGGAGAAGCUGCGCGUGCUUAACUGGGCGCCAAUUGUUUAUUCAACAGCAACGACUGGCCAUAGUGUUGAAAGGAUUAUUGAUGCUGCCAGCAUGGUUGAAAGAGAGAGAUCCAGAAGGCUAAGCACAUCCAUUCUUAAUCAAGUGGUACAAGAAGCAGUAGCCUUUAAACCACCACCAAGGACAAGAGGUGGCAAACGGGGACGUGUUUACUAUAGCACCCAGGCCGCUAUUCGUCCUCCCACUUUUGUUUUCUUUGUUAACGACGCUAGGCUUUUUCCUGAUACAUAUAGACGUUAUAUGGAGAAGCAGCUAAGAUCAGAUGCAGGUUUUCCUGGUACACCAAUUCGCCUUCUAUGGCGAAGCAGAAGGAAAGCAGAAAAGGAAUGGAAGGCUGCAGAUACAGUGAAGAGAUCUGGCAGAAAUGCUGAGAGGCUAUCUGUUGCAACCUAAGUCAUGAUACAUGUGACCUAGCCAAGUGCCAAGCUUCAGGUCUUGGCGAUAUUCAUCAAAUGGACUGUUCUCUAUUUGCAUUGGAGAAAUCAUGUACAUCUCUGAACCGUUGCAAUUAUAAAUUCUAGUUUUUGCUUUAAGCGAAGGGCAUGAAUAUUUUUAGAUGUGCUAAUGUUCAUUGACUUCCUUUCUUAA